GGAGUAGCGAUAAUUUUCCUUGGGUAUAUAUAACAGAGGAUGAGGACGGAGGAAGAGCUGUUCUGUUCUUUAAUAGAGUCCUCUCUCUCUGUCUUCUCAUCUCACUUCCACCGGAAGUUUCAUUGAAAAGAGAUCAUUUUCGAAAUUUCCGGUGAGUGAUUGCUUAUCUUCAAUCUCUUUACAGAAACCGGAACAAUGUUUCAGUUUCCCUUCAAUUAGCGAAAAUGAUCAGAAUUAUCUCGAGAAUUUUGUGUUUUGAAUUCGUGGUUUGAUGUAUUUCGGUUAAAACUUGUUAUGAAUUUCGAAAUUCACUCCGAUGCCGUUUUUAUGGACAGAUACAAUCGCAAGAAGAUUUCAGCUGAUAUUGACGUGAAUUCGUCUUUCAGUUCUUCUGCCGAUUUCAAUAGGCGUGUUCUGGCAAAUCCUGAUGAGAUGUGGAAGUCUAUCUGAACUUCUUCUAGAUCAGAUUCUGUAUUUGCUAAGCUUUGAGUAAUGAAGUUCGGAAAUGUCGCCGUUCUACUGAAGAACCACCGUGAACAGACCCUAAAAAGUGAAGAAAUUGUAAAUCUUUUUAUGAUUCCUGUUGUUUCUCAGUCGAUUCCGAUGAGAAAUCAAUCCGAAGGUGAUGGUCUUUGAAGUUCGGAAUUGCAGCUCUUUUCCGUGAGAAUUCAAGAACACGUCGCUAGAAGAUUUUGAAAGGAUUUCAUGAUCUCAUAGUUUCGUCCAACUUGUAGUUUGGAAUCCGGAAGGAAUAUAAUUUUUCUCGCAUUUUGAAGAUUGGUAGUUUGAGAGGUGUAUAAAGGAGUUUUGAUGGAGAAGAAUUACAGGGAUGGAUUGCUGCUGAGGUCAGCGAAUUGUCAGCGUGGCGAGGACAGGUCGGGGAUUAAUACGACGUCAUCAGACUUCGUUUUGCAGUGGGGAAACCGGAAGCGGUUACGAUGCAUGAAGGUCCACAAUAAGAAUCUUGGCAUCGCGCGAGCAAAUCACAACUGUUGCGUUGAACCGUCUAGUUCGGCCCCGACUCAAAGAGCUAGCGGUCUACCGGAUCGCCGGGUUGGUAGAUCCGACCCGAAUAAGGAUUCCUCGCACCGUCAGCUACACGGUUGUUUGAACCUACGCCAACGUCUGGCGUCGCCAGCUCAUCGUAUUCUCAGGUAAGGAAUUCAGAGAGUUCAAUGAGAGAAAGGAUCAACGGGUUGAGGAAUUCGGCCUCUCCCCCGGACAGGAGAAGUGGGGGUGCACAUAACCAUGCCAGGCCCAGCCAAAAUAAUGACAACCACCACCACCACGGUGGUGGUGGGGGUGGGUCCGUGUCGUCGGAGACUGCACAUGAGAGCAAGAAGGGACCGUCCUCCUCCUGCAGUGACACAGUUCCGAUGAUUUGGCCGCCCAAGUUUGUGAUUGCACUUACCAAUAAGGAGAAGGAAGAGGAUUUUAUGGCCAUCAAAGGAUCUAAACUUCCCCAACGUCCCAAAAAACGUGCCAAACUCAUCCAGCGUACCCUCAAUUUGAUCAGCCCGGGGUCAUGGCUGUGUGAUCUAUCCCUCGAACGAUACGAAGUAAGAGAGAAAAAGGUGUCAAAGAAGAGGCCAAGGGGUUUGAAGGCAAUGGGUAACAGAGAUUCUGACUCCGAGUAAAGAGAAAGCCGGCGAGAUAAAAAAGAACGCAGUGAAUCAAUCGGAGCACCAUCCCGAUAUUAAGUAUGCUGUAUUUCAUGGACUUUAACCUCGAGGAAAAAUGGAAUGAUUUUGAUAAGAAGAUUACUUUGCCUUCUUAUAACUUUCUCCCUUUUCUCUUGCACUAGCAAUUAAGUAAAGGGUUAUUAACCCUUAGUAGGAGUAAAAUAAGUCCAAAAUUCAACAAUAGGGGUACAAUCUUUUUAUUCUCAAAAUAGGACUAAUAUAUGUCUAUUCUUCCCAUUCUAACCCCUUCCUAUCAUUUCCAAUAGAUUUAUUUUAUUAAUAAGAAAAUCGUACUUUUAUUUAAAAUAAAAAUAUAAAAUAUUUAUAAUAUAAUAAUGAAAACGUGAAAAAAUAAAAUAAAAAUAAAAAAAUUAAAAAUAAUAAAAAAAAAUUCUUAAAUUUUUUAAAGUCCAAAAAAUAAAAUUAAAUACCUAAAAAAAUUAAAAAAUGGGUAGGUCACUGCCCUGCCAAUGCAUACUCUACCUCCUAGCACCACUGACUCUGGUCACCGGGAAAAAAUGUCAUUUUGUGUAAAAAAUGUCGCAUUUCUCUGAAAAUAUCAUAAAGAUGACAUUUUUACUCUUUGAAAAUAUAUAUCUUUCUCUCGCUUUCUCUUCAAAAUUGUCAUCAUGAUUGACAUUUUUCUCAAACUUGGCAAUCUUUUCCGUCGACCGGAGGUGGUGGUGCGGGAAGGUGGCUGAUUAAACUGAUUUCCACGGGGAUUAAUAAAGUAAAAAUUGUGUGGUUGAUAUUUGUGUAGAGGAGAGAAUGUUAAUUGGAAUCACAAAUUCUUUACUUAAAAGAGAAAGUGGCAAAGUUGGUGGGACAUUCAAAAAAGGAAAGUUGACAAAGUUUUAAGGGACAGGGGAGUAUUGUUCAGGUGUUCUAGAUUAAACUUUUAGGAGGUCUUGUAAACCUAAUUUCCAUAUUCAAAACAAUCUCACUAUUCAACCUAGGAGUGGACUCGGGCAAGACCAACCGGCCCGGAACCGGACUGGACCGCUAUUGUGCGGGCCCGGACCGGCCCGGUGAACCGGUUGGUGCCCGGUUCGGGCCACUCGGCCUGGUGAGGUAGGCGGUUCGGGUCCGGGCCUGCUAAAUAGUGAACCGUCCCGGUGGGUUCGGGGCCGGUUCAGGCCCGGUCCGGGCCAAUUUAAUUAUUUUUUCUUUUUUUUUUGAUUUUUUUUAAGUUUUUGGGUUAGGUUGGGUAUGAUGGGCCAUUUGAGGUGGUUUGGGGUGGUUUGGGGGUGAGGGGGAGGGUUGAGGGUUACAUGAACUGAGGCUCGUCACGGCCUGGACCGGACCCGAGGGUUACCCGGGCCGGUUCUUGGCCUCCCCUUUCAUGAACCGAGGCCUGGCCGGGCCCGAACUGGAACUGAUCCACCCUACCUCCAUCCAUCAGGAGUAUUUGCUCUUUUGAGAUUUUAUGAUAUCAAUUUACAAUUAAUAUCACCGGAGUAAUUGAGCCAUUGAAGAAAUUGUAUAUUAAAGUUUCAUGAGAUACUUCCUGAUGGGGUUAUGGGACUAGGCCCAGAGCCUAAUCGGCCCAGGCCCCGAACUUGGACCAGUAGGUCCAAACCCAACAACCCAGAGCUUGAGUCGGCCAAACCCGAUCAGGUCAAUCAAGGAGCGGAAGCCCAAGAGAGCUUGCCUCCUAGUCCGGUGGGGAGCCUGCCGACCAGCCCAGCUGGGAGCCUGCCCUCCAGCCCGGCCAACGUAGAGCCUGCCUUCCAGCUCGGCCAGCAGCCUGCCUCUAGCUCAACGGGGAGCCUGCCUUCCAGCCUACACGGGAGCCUGCCUCCCACCCGGUCAGAAGUCUUCCUCCAGCCUAGCGGGAAGCCCACCGUCCAAUCCAGCAGGAGGGAGCUCAAGCGUCCAGCCUGCCAGCCAGGUUGACCUGCCAGCCAGGAACUAUAACGGCCAAAGUAAUUAAUGUGUGACUUAAUUAUGUAUUUAAUUCUGUAUUAAUGUUGUAAUUAGUUAGCCAUUAGUAUUUUCGGCAGUUACCAUUUGUAAUCGCCUAUAAAAGGCAAGUUCAAGUCAAAUAAUAGAUAAGCUAUUCUUG